CAGGGCUGUGCCAUUUGAAUUGCAGCACAGACAUCCCCGCGCUGCGCUCUCCGUUCCUGGCACACCUCCCAGCACGGAGUUUAGCUGAGGCUCGGGUUCAGUUUUCCCUCCUCUCUCUCCCUGCAGCGACAGCUUCUCCAGGCUCUGCUGGCCAGGACUCGCAGGCGAUCAUGGAGGAUACUACUUUGCACAUUAUCGAACCACCAACUGUUUCUGAGGCCUCAGAGGAGCAAGUGCCUGAAGAACCCAUCAAAUCAGACCAGAUCAACGGCGUGAUGGUGCUGACCCUUCUGGACAAGAUCAUCGGAGCGGUGGAUCAGAUCCAGCUGACCCAAACGCAGCUGGAGGAGAGGCAGCAGGAGAUGGAUAGCGCGGUGACCAGCAUCCAAGGAGAGCUCACCAAGCUGACAAAGGCCCACACCACCACCAGCAACACCGUCAACAAGAUGCUGGAGAAGGUGCGCAAGGUGAGCGUCAACGUGAAGACCGUCCGGCAGAACCUGGAGAAGCAAGCUGGGCAGAUAAAGAAGCUGGAGGCCAACGAAGCCGAGCUGCUGAAACGCAGGAACUUCAAAGUCAUGAUCUACCAG